AGAUCAUUCAAUGUAAGCUUUGCGGAUGGAUAAAUUUGUUGUACAGAAAUUGUCCCAAGUUCCUCAUCCAAAGACAAAGUCACACCUUUCUGUGAAUAUAGAUGCAAAACAGCGAGCAAGUAAAUAUCCGUCAGGAACUUUUCACCUGGAUGAUGGUCUGUUGUUCUGUUCAAAGUGUAAUGUCGUAAUUGAUCAUGUAAGGAAAUCCACCGUCGAUGACCACCUAAAAUCAAAGAGUCAUGCCAAAGCAAACUCUUUUGGAAAGCAGCAGUCUGUCAAAACAGCACUGAAAUUCUCUAACAAUGCAAAGGCAGAGAAAAUCAAGGUUUGUCAAGAAUGGAUAUAUGAAUGCACUGCGGCGAAUAUUCCGCUAUUAAAAUCUGAUAACGCAUAUCUAAGAGAGUUUUUGACCACAAGGGUAAAAAAUAGCGGUGCUAUUCCUGGAUCCUCUCAACUGCGAGAUGAGUAUCUUCUUGAUGUAUAUGUUGUAGAGAAAGAGGAAUUGAAGCAAAAAUUUAACGGUAAAAAAGUCGCUAUAUUGACUGAUGAGCUGAGCGAUGAUGAGGGACGCUAUGUAAUGGAUGUCCUGGCUGUUAUUCUUGAUUUUGAUGAACUAUCUCCUCAUGGCAAUGCUUGCGCUUAUUUACUGGAUACACAUUUGACCAGCACCAACAAUGUGACAGUGCCCCAGACAGUGCUCAAAGUCGUAAAUGAGUAUGAUAUUUCGUUUGAUAAUGUGCUCAUUUUUAAUUCUGAUAACGUGGCAUACAUGAAGAAAGCAUUUUCGUCCACACUUUCGGUUAUUUUUCCAAAUUGUGUGCACAUUACUUGCCAUAGUCACAUUGUUAAUCUCGUUGUUUCAGACUUCAAGAAAAAUUUUUCUGAAAUAACUGAGUUUGUUAAAUGUUUCAGAAAUUUGAGCUUCAUAUCAGCAGAGCUUGAGGUCUCGGAUCAACCAUCCAAUUCUUUGAUAAGACUGGGAGAAAUAUACGAAGAUGAGACAUACUUAUUGAAACUGAAAGCUCAGUUUGACUUCAUUAAGAUGAAAGCACCAUCUUUGCUUAUAUAUCUUGAUUACUUUCAAAUGAAGAUUCCUCACAUUACUCAGUCCUAUGUAAAAAUGAAUCAGCUACUGGACUACUUGAGGCAAAAUAUUACAGUGGAUUCUAAUGAUCUUUCAAAAUCGUUUUAUGAUUUGGAGAUAGAUCACAUGGAUGAUUUGAAGAAACAGUUUGUAAGUGCAUUCAAGCAAGCAGAAGCAAAACUCGAGAAGUAUAUUGUUAAUGGAGGACAACCAGCAUCAGAAUUUUUGAAGGAAAUCAAAGUACUUGAACCACGGAACAUAGUCUCUUCAUCAAAGCUACACAGUUCAUACACCAAUAUUCCUGGAUUCAAAGAAAGUGUCUCCGAUGAAGAAUGGCAUAAGUAUGUUGAUAUAUUCGGACCUGCUGCUGUGUCAGAAAGUCCACAAGAGGAAAUACUGGUGUUUGCAAAAUAUGCAAAGACAAUGAUGGUGAAGAUUGGCUUGGAUGCAACAAAUGCUUUCAGUUUUUUCAUUACAGGUGUUUAA